CUCUAGAACUUCAACGUUGCAACUCCGACCAAACGAAUACGUAGUACUACCCGUUCACCCUCCCUCAUAUCCACUUGUCGCCUUCGUUGCGCACUCCUCCUAACCAUGUCUGUCCAUCUCAUUCCCAACAACGCGUUGGGUUUCAAUAGACCUUUCUCCCAGCUCGUCAAGCAAGUUCUAACUAUCACAAACAAAAAUGCACAGCCAGUAGCAUUCAAAGUCAAGACUACAGCGCCCAAGUUGUACUGCGUACGACCAAACUCUGGCAGGGUCGAGCCUGGUGAAAGUGUCGAUGUCUCCGUAAUGCUACAACCGAUGAAAGACGAACCACCUUUGUCGUCAAAGUGCAAGGACAAGUUCCUGAUCCAAAGUACCCUCAUCACACCCGAGAAGGAGACCAGAGACCUACAGGAAUUCUGGAAAGUUUACCAGCAAAAACUCCGUGUUGUAUACCUCCCGCCUGAAGGACAAAUUCCUGAAGAGGAGGACGAGGGACAUGUGGAGCCCCCUAUGCCUCCCGUUCUUCAUUCAGAGCACGUCGGUGGACCAUCUAACUAUGCAACUCUUAAGAAUCCAGAGUCGCGCCCUCCUCCAGCUAUGCCAGAAUUCUCUUUCGACGACGCAGUUCAAGCUGCACCGCUUGUGCAACCCCAGCGCUCCGCUACGCCACCUGCACCAGAACGAGAGGUGAACAGUUCUCAAGAGUAUCGGGAGGAACUCGAAUUCCAGAGAUCUACCAGUGGUGGAGUCGGUGUUGUCAACGUCAACGUGCAUUCUCCUUCACCGCCGGCCUCUCCUCCAGUUGCACGGGCGGCGUCGAUCAACCAAGAGUUGGAAGCGAAGUUUAUCGCAGCUCAGGACGAGAUACAACGGCUUCGGGAUCUUCUUGCGGCUGUGCCAGAUCCCAGCUCUCUGGCGCCAGAAUCCAUUGCACCGACAUCCAUCGCUCCCUCGGACUUCCGGAGGAGACAUACGUCGGCGCUCUCAGAUGACGGAGAGACGUACGCGGGAUCUGACGUCGGUACCAUGGUGGAGCAUGAUAGUGUUAUCCACCAGGAAGGCGUUCCACUACAGGUGGUUGUUAUUAUUGCGCUUGGCGUUUUUAUCACGACGUAUCUAUUUUUCUAAGUAGCCGAGCAGAAACCUGCUCCUUUCAUCCCUUUCCUUCGUCGAUCCCUCCGGGCUCGUUGAAGCCCAUUUCGCGCAGCACAUGCCUCGCAUCAUAUACAAUAUUUUCUCCGUUGGUGAUAUGAAGGGGUAUUGGGGAGCAAGUUUGUGGUCGCGGUUUCUCAUGACUUUUCGCAUUUAUCACCGAGGUACAUAGUACGUUAGCAUUUUUUUUACUUGUUGUGUCUGCUUAGUGUUAUCAUUCUGUGCAUCGCUAUAUAUAAUCCGAUUUGAACAACACGACUACGGACAUGGCUGAGGAGUUGGUCUUCCUGGGGAGUUGACGAUGGUGUCCUCGAGGUAGAUCUUUACAUAAUAUCCAGCGUUUUAUGCCGUUUUAAACACGAAUGUAUGGUUGGACUUGGCACUGGGAGCUUGUCCCUGAGCGGUGUCCCGAUACUCAGCUGCAGGCGGUGUGUAAGUGGGACGAAGUUAAUGCGCAUCGAGGCACUUUG